AUGUUGCUGGAAACUGCUGUUCUACUGGCAGCUGCUGGGCUAAGCACAACGCGAGCCUUCGUUCUUCCAAAGAGAGAUAGAUCGGAUUUCUACCAAAUCGGAACGCAAGAGCAUAUCUUUCCCUACCUGGCAGGAGCUGGUCCAUACUUUUCGUACCCAGAGAACUACGGUAUCCCAGUUGACCCACCCAAGGAAUGUAAAAUUACACAAGUUCAACUACUUGCCAGACAUGGUGAGAGAUAUCCCACAAAAAGCAGAGGUAAAAAGCUCUUGAACACUUGGAAUACUCUUCAGAAAUAUCCACACGAAUUCAAUGGGUCACUAGCGUUUAUUAACGACGACUAUGAGUUUUUCAUCCAAAAUAUGGAUGAUUUAGAAAUGGAAACAACUACCCAGAAUUCAAUUAAUGCCAUUAAUCCAUAUACCGGUGAGAUGGAUGCUAAGAAGCACGCGCAACAAUUCUUAGCGCAAUAUGAAGAAUUUCUCGAGGACAACCGUGAAUUUGCCGUUUUUGCCGCGAGUUCUCAAAGAGUACAUGAUACAGCACAGUACUUCAUUGACAGCUUGGGCGAUAAAUUUAAUAUCUCACUUCAAGUGGUAAGUGAGGAACCAAGUGCGGGUGCAAACACGCUAUCUCCUGGAUAUUCUUGUCCCGCAUGGAAUCCUGACGAGUACGCUGAUAUCAUUGAUGCUUUCUCUACAGAUUUUUUGAAAGACAUAGCGACAAGGAUGAACAAAGAAAAUCAUGGUUUGAAUCUGACAAAAAGUGAUGCUGAAAACUUGUUUUCUUGGUGUGCUUACGAGUUAAAUGCUCGAGGAUUCAGUGAAAUCUGUAAUCUUUUCACUCCUGAGGAGCUCAUCCGUUAUUCUUAUUACGAUGACCUCUCAAGCUACUACGAAGAUGGUCCUGGCUAUCCCAUGAUUCAAGCCGUGGGUGCUAACUAUUUGAAUGCGUCAGUAAAGUUGCUAAAAGAGAGCGAUGACUUGGAUCAAAAGGUCUGGUUGAGCUUUACCCACGACACCGAUAUCCUCAAUUACCUAACAACGUUGGGACUCUUCGAUGACGACAAGGACUUGGACCCUUCUACUGUCCCAUUUAGAAAUCAUGUCUUUCACAAGUCGUGGAUGAUUCCUCAAGGCGCAAGGGUGUACACGCAAAAAUAUCAGUGCAAGAAUGACUCCUACAUUAGAUAUGUUGUAAACGACGCUGUUAUUCCACUUGAAAAUUGCUCUGACGGGCCUGGCUUCUCUUGCGAAGCUGAAGAGUUUUACGAUUACGCCAACCAAAGAAUGGAGGGUCAAAAUUUCUUUGAAGCAUGCAAUACCUCAAGCGUCAGUAACACCACUGAGCUGACAUUCUUCUGGGACUGGAACACUACCCAGUACAACGCCACGCUAUUACAAGAGUAG